CUCUGUGCUGAUACAGGGUUUGAUUUAACACACUGAUGUUGGAGUGAAGUACACGUGUGUCCUGCUGUAAUCUGGAGAAGGAGACAUGACCUCCAACAUGAGUGUGUCUGGAGAACAGGACUUAAAGAAAGAUGAGAGGACCGAAGACCUCGUUGAUCCACUCAACGAACAAGAUACGAAGCCUUGCUGUUGGAACUCCACAUAACGUUUAACUGGCUCUUCUGCACCUUGCAUUUCUUGAAGGCUUGUGAAAUCACCACUUGCAUUAGCACAAAACAAGAAGGUGAGAUGGUCUUUCAUGGGCUUGUGACCGGGAAUUGCGUUCUCUUCUGCUGUAAUGUAGGUCCUCUUUGGCAUCUUUUUCCAAAAAAGCCCUGUGUCAUCGCAGUUAAAACCUUGUUGCGGCAGGUAACACUCGUAAACCAUGAGCUUCUGGAACUCGGCAACGAAAAGAAAAAAAAGAAAAGCAGCAUAUAGAAUGAUGGAGGGAAAGAGAUCAGACUCACCAGAACCCAGCUGUGUGUCCAUGAAGAGUGACUGGUCAAUGGGUGUUCCACAUAACUUCAGAGACGGAGCCAGUUCUCCUGAUGUGAGACCACAAAAGAAGAAAUCAAACAUCAGCAGAAAUCAGCUGGACUCCAUAUUCAAGGAGCUGGAACACAAAGUCAUCACUCUGAUAAAGAAUGAGCUGAAGAGGUUUAGGAAGCUCCUGAGUCCAGAUUACCCAGCAUGCACUGAGAGGGAGGUGAAGGAUGAGGAGGAUCUGCACAGUGUCAGAGAGGGAGCGCUGAAGAUCACACUGCAUGUCCUAAAGAACAUGAACCACACAGAUCUCGCUAACAUACUGCACAACAAGUCUGUAGCCUCUGUGUAUCAGACAGAGCUGAAAUCCAGCCUGAGAGAGAAGUUUAAAAGAAUUAAUGAAGGAAUCUCACAGCAUGGAAGCUCAGCACUUCUGAAUGAGAUCUAUACAGAUCUCUACAUCACAGAGGGUUGGAGUGGAGACGUCAAUAAUGAACAUGAGGUGAGACAGAUUGAGACAGCAUCCAGGAGACCAGCAACACAGGAGACACCCAUCAAAUGUAACGAGCUCUUUAAAGACAAGUCCAUCAGAAGAGUGCUGACUAAAGGAGUUGCUGGAAUUGGAAAAACAGUCUCUGUGCAGAAGUUCAUUCUGGACUGGGCUGAAGGAAAAGCAAAUCAGGACGUCACCUUCAUGUGUCCAAUUCCAUUUAGAGAGCUGAAUCUGAUGAAGCAGAGGAAUCUCAGUCUGAUGGAGCUUCUUCAUCACUUUUUCCCAGAAAUGAGAAAACUAGAAUUACUAGACUCCUACACAGUGGUGUUGAUCUUUGAUGGUCUGGAUGAGUGUCGACUUCCUCUAAAUUUCCAGAAGAAUGAGAGAUUGUGUGAUGUGACAGAGUCAGCCUCGGUGGAUGUACUGCUGACAAACCUCUUCAAGGGGAAUCUGCUUCCCUCUGCUCUCCUCUGGAUAACCUCUCGACCAGGAGCAGCCAAUAAGAUCCCUCCUGAGUGUGUAGACCAGGUAACAGAGGUACGAGGGUUCAGUGAUCCUCAGAAAGAGGAGUACUUCAGGAAGAGGAUCAGUGAUCAGAGCCUGGCCAAUAAAAUCAUCACACGCAUGAAGUCUUCAAGAAGCCUCUACAUCAUGUGCCACAUCCCAGUCUUCUGUUGGAUCUCAGCCACUGUUCUAGAGAGAAUGUUGGGUGAAGCAGAGAGUGGAGAGGUCCCCAAGACUCUGACUCAAAUGUUCACACACUUCCUGAUUUUUCAGAUCAAACACAAGGACCGAAAGUACCAUCAGAAAUGUGACCCUGAUCCUCAGCAGACCAGAGAGAGUAUCCUGGCACUGGGGAAACUGGCUUUCCAACAGCUGGAGAAAGGAAACCUGAUCUUCUAUGAGGAAGACCUGAGAGAGUGUGGCAUUGAUGUUGGAGAAGUGGCAGUGUACUCAGGAGUGUGUACCCAAAUCUUCAGAGAAGAGAUUGGGCUUCACCUGGGGAAGAUGUUUAGCUUUGUACAUCUGAGUGUUCAGGAGUUUCUGGCAGCUUUAUACACAUUUCUCUCCUUCAUCAGCAGAAAUGUAACAGAACAACAAACCACUGAUCUGUCUGAUCUUUUCAGAAAGUCAACCAUGUCUGAUUUCAUCAGGAGUGCAGUGGACAAGGCCUUACAGAGUGAGUAUGGACACCUGGACCUGUUCCUCCGCUUCCUUCUGGGUCUCUCACUGGAGUCCAAUCAGACUCUCUUACGAGGCUUAAUGCCCCAGACAGGAAGCAGUUCUCACAGCAAACAGGAAACAGUCGAGUACAUCAAGGAGAAGAUCAGGGAGAAUCCAUCUCCAGAGAAAUCCAUCAAUCUGUUCCACUGUCUGAAUGAACUGAAUGAUCAUUCUCUAGUGCAGGAAGUACAGACUUACCUGAACAGAGAAGAUUACUUUUGUCUCAGGGGAACCAGACUCUCUCCUGCUCAGUGGUCAGCUCUGGUGUUUGUGUUACUGAACUCAGAUCAGGAGUUGGAUGAGUUUGAUUUGAGGAAAUAUGACCCAUCAGAGGAAUGUUUUCUGAAGCUGCUGCCAGUGGUCAAAGUCUCCAGAAAAGCUGUGCUGCGGGGGUGUAAUCUGACAGAGGAAAGCUGUAGAGUUCUGUCCUCAGUUCUCAGCUCAAACUCCUCCAGACUGAGAGAACUGGACCUGGGUUACAAUAAACUGCAGGAUUCAGGAGUGAAGCUGCUCUCUGCUGGACUGCAGCAUUCACACUGUACAAUGGAGACACUGAGGCUGCAGGGUUGUAAUCUGACCGAGGAAAGCUGUAGAGUUCUGUCCUCAGUUCUCAGCUCAAACUCCUCCAAACUGACAGAACUGGACCUGAGUCACAAUAACCUGCAGGAUUCAGGAGUGAAGCUGCUCUCUGCUGGCCUGGAGAAUCCACACUAUACACUGGAGACACUGAGUCUGUGGGAGUGCAAUCUGACAGAGGAAAGCUGUAGAGUUCUGUCCUCAGUUCUCAGCUCAAACUCCUCCAGACUGAGAGAACUGGGCCUGGGUUACAAUAACCUGCAGGAUUCAGGAGUGAAGCUGCUCUCUGCUGGACUGGAGAAUCCAUACUGUACACUGGAGACACUGAGCAUGUAUAAAUGCAGUAUUACAGAUGAAGGUUGUGCUGCUCUGGCUUCAGCUCUGAGGUCAAACUCCUCAUCACACCUGAGAGAACUGGAUCUGAAUGAUAAUAAUCCAGGAGAAUCAGGAGUGAAGCUGCUCUCUGAUCUACUGAAGGAUCCACACUGUAAACUGGAGACAUUAUACAUUAAGAAUAAUAAACUCACCAGGACUGGCGUAUGACAGGAGUCUCAAGUCAAACCUCUUCUCCAGAAUAAAGCAGUUUUGGUGAAGAGUUAGAACCCGUCCCACAUUUCCAGCAGUUUGGGAGCUGAAUCAUUAAACUUAAAGGGACAGAAUAGAUACAAAGUCAAGAACAGGCAGAAGGUCAUACACAGGAGAAAUCAACACACGUAAUGAAAUGUCUGCUGUAACACCAAAAGUAUUUGACCUCCAUUUAUACCAGUUUCCGAAGGCACUUGGAGACUGUGGUCAUUCACCGUAGGACCAAUCGUCCUGACUCAGUAGCAAUACUACCCCCUGGCACUUUAGUGUAUUGUAAGAGUCAUUUUCAUGGUUGCCUUAAGAUUCAGGAUGUCUGGUGCUCUACUGUGUUUGAGUUUGUGACCUACAUUGAUGAAGUGGGAACUCUGUAUAAGAUCAGACCACAUGGAGAAGAUGGCCCCAUUAAAAAUAUCCAUUGCUCAGAACUUGUUCUGUCUAUUGCUCAGAACUUAAGCCUGUUCUUAACUGGCAACAAUAUGCCAGGUAAACCAAUGGGUCAGGUCUACUGGCCCUUUCCAGCCCCAGGAGUGAGUAGAGCCAGAAGGACCAAGAAUUGGAGAUUAUUCGCAAGUGGCCAUAGUCCACAUGAGAAUGGAUGUAAGGAACUCUGAGGGUCAAGUCCAUGUUGAUUCUAGUUCUCAGCCCUCAGUGCUUCAGUCUAGUCCAACAGGGGUACAAAAUGAUUACUCUCUUAUGAGUAUAGGUUCUUCUUUAGCGUCUCAACCCCAGGUGACCACACAAGAGCAAGAGUUGAAUUUAGAAACUUCUCUAGAUCUUCAUAUAGCUCAGUCACUUGAUCAGUCUGGAAUGGGUUUAGUUUCUAGGCCAUCCUUUAGGCGUUCUUCUCAUGGGACUCUCAGUGUUCACCGGGAUGGUGACCAUUAAAAGUAGGGGUGAAUUUGGCAAAGUUGGUUGGAGGUACUCUUGUGCAUGCUCACUAGAGGGUGCACUGAUUCUUUAUACACAUCACUUCCUGUCUAUAAAACCAUUUCCAGUGCUUGAAUCCUUUGCUACACUGUGAUUGUUGGUUGCUGGAAGAACAAGUUCUGUUGACGGCAAAUGUGUGUUAUAAAUGUGCCAGUGUCAUUUAUACCUACCUGGACAGGCUAUUAUUUCGGGGGCUUGGUAGUGUGUGAUCAUAUUUUGUCUGCAUCGCAUUGAUUGUGUGUGUGUGUGAAGAUGAAAAAAACAAACAAACAAUACCAUCAAACCCAUAUGUGCUUGUUGAAUAUCCCAUUAUAGAUUUAGUCCCCCUUUGCUGUUAUAAUAACCUCCACUCUUCUAGGUAAUCUUUCCACUUUAUUUUGGAGCAUGGCCUUUGGGAUUUGUGCAUUUGAGCAUGCAUUUCACCUCUUGAAGAAGAGACUAAAGGGGGAAACCCCUCAAAAUAAACAACAACUGAAAGAAGCUGUGGUAAAAGCCUGGAAAAGCAUCACAAAAGAAAAGUGCAAGAAUUUGGUGAUGUCAGUGGAUCGCCGCUUGAUUAUUUAUUGCAAGGAAGGGAUAUGCAACCAAAUAGCGCUAUUUACUUUGAUUUCCUUGAAGACUAUCUGUUCCAAUAUUUUUGCUCACCUCAAAAUGUUCUAAGUUGUUUCACACAUCUAGAUGUAUAUAUCAGGAAAUUAAAGCUUCAAUUUUGAUCUAUUGUCUCAUCUUCAUCUUUUGAACUCAAACCCAAAUGUCUUCAGUGUAUAGCAAAAA